AUGUCAUUGAUCGACUCCUCUUACGGCAAGGCUAACGUCAAGUUCUUGAAAGUCAAGCGCGACAGACACAACCCAAAGGUCCAGGAAGUGUUACAGGCCAACUGCCAGGUUUUGUUGAGAGGUGACUUCGACGUUUCGUACACGGAAGCUGACAAUUCGCCCAUUGUUCCCACAGACACCGUCAAGAACACCAUUUUAAUCGAGGCCAAGAACACCGAGGUGUGGCCCAUCGAGCGCUUUGCUGCCCACUUGGCCAAGCAUUUCACCACCAAGUACAACCACGUUUCCGGAGUCGAGGUGACCAUUGUCCAGGACGUGUGGACGAAGUACGAAACCAGAAGAACGUUUUUGACCUACAACAAGCCUUCCAACAAGGUCACCAUUGUCUCUGGCAUCAAGGAUUUGAAGGUGAUGAAAUCAACCGGCUCGAUGUUCUACGGCUACAACGAGUGUGACUACACCACGUUGAAGCCAACCACAGACAGAAUUUUGUCGACCAAUGUGGACGCCUCAUGGAAGUUCGAGUCCCACUUGUCCUCCCUUGACGAUGUCGUGCAGAAGGCCAAGAACGGUUUGUUCGACAAUGUUUACGAGAGUGCCAGGAAGAUCACCUUGGACAGGUUUGCCAUUGAAAACUCUCCUUCUGUCCAGGCCACCAUGUACAAUAUGUCACUUGAGAUCUUGGACGCUGCUCCUGCCGUGGACACUGUUAGCUACGAGUUGCCCAACAUCCACUUCAUCUUAUACAACUUGGAGUGGAAGGGUAUCAACAACGACGACUUGUACUACCCUUCGAGCGACCCCAACGGGUUGAUCAAGUCGACCGUGGGCAGAAAGGUUCCAUCGAAGUUAUAA